GUUCAUUUUCCGUAUUAUCAUAUAAAAUGAUACUCCCUCCGUCCGAAAAUAUUCUUCCCGUGUUGACUUGGCACGCUUAUUAAGGAAUAGUAAAAAAAUGUAAAAUUUUCAAAAAUGCACAUACUAUAAACUUUUAAAUCUCCUUUUAUUAUUAAAAAAGUACUAAAAAAGUAGAUUUGUGAUAAAAUAGAAGGAAACCUGCAUUUCUUCCAUUUGCACUUAAUGCCUCUCUCUCUCUCUCUCUCAAAGUUCAUCGCCUCCAUCUCCCCUGCCGCUAGCUAUGCCCAUGUCCAUCAUCUUCCUCCCAAAUAAAGAUCUUGACUGAAGGACUUCUUCUUUUCAACGCCUCGAUCUUCAAUGCGAUUACAAUCACUCUGAUUCUCUGAAGAACAAAAAACCCAGACACUAAUGGAGUGGAAGAAUGGCCGCCCCCGAAGAGCAGCCCCCUUUUCUUGCAGUUCUGAUACAUAUAUAAUGGGUUCUUGAUCGAUAAAGAUGUGAUCUUGGAGCAUGGGUUGUGUUCUUUUUUAUGAUUCGUCAUAUUUAUUGUCUUUCUGGCUCUGAUGAUUAUCAUUUUUGGAUCUCUUUUGCCUUAUUUGAGUAAGCCUCGUUUGAUUGAUAUAUAUAUAUAUAUUUGAAAAAAGUUGAAAACUUUCCGGUAAUGGGCAUCAUUAUUCCGGCGAGAUGGCGGCGUCAAUCUCUUGAUAAAGCUCUGGUUUUUCUCGGGUUCUUGGUAAUCUGGUUUAGGGUUUCGUCCGGUCUGGGCUCAAUGUCCACAAUCGCCGUCUCGUACGGGGAGUACGGCCCCGUUUUCUGCGGCCUCAAGCCCGACGGAUCCCACACUGUCACCUGUUACGGUUCCAAUUCCGCCGUCAUCUACGCCACUCCUUCCCACUCCGCUUUUCUCGCCAUCACCGGCGGCAACGACUUCGUGUGUGGGCUUCUGAUGGACUCCGGCCAGCCGUAUUGUUGGGGGAACAGCAAUUUCGUCCAGAUGGGGGUCCCGCAGCCCAUGAACGAGAGGAAUGAGUAUCUGGAGAUCAGCGCCGGAGAUCACCAUUUUUGUGGGCUCCGGAAGCCAUUGCAGGGGAGGAGGUACCGGAAUGUUUCUUUUGUUGACUGCUGGGGGUAUAAUAUGACGAGAAGCUUCCAGUUUGAUGGCCGGAUCGGGUCGAUUUCUUCCGGGUCGGAGUUUACCUGCGGGUUGUUUUCCCAGAACCGGAGCGUGUUCUGUUGGGGGGACGAGACUAGCAGCCGGGUUAUCAGCUUGAUUCCGACGGGUACGAGGUUUCGGAAGAUCGCCGCCGGCGGGUACCAUGUUUGUGGGAUUCUUGACGGGUCGGAUUCUCGGGUUGUUUGUUGGGGGAGAAGCUUGGAUCUCCGAGAGGCCAUCACUGUUUCCCGGCUGGAACCCAGGCAACCUUUGCUGACGGUGGUCGGCGGGAGGUUCCACGCUUGCGGUAUUCGGAGGGUUGAUCGCGGGAUUGUCUGCUGGGGGUAUCGGGUGGAGAAGUCGACGCCGCCUCCCGGCGGCGUGAAGCUGUACGAGAUCGCCGCCGGAGAUUACUUCACUUGCGGAAUCAUCGCCGAGUCGUCCCUGCAGCCGGUUUGCUGGGGAGUUGGGUUCCCCAGUUCACUCCCCAUGGCGGUUUCUCCCGGAAUCUGCCGGCCCCGCCCCUGUGCGCCAGGUUUCUACGGGUUCAACAACGAAAGUGGAAUCUCUCCAUGUAAGUCGCCGGAAAACGGGAUUUGCCUCCCCUGUUCUGCGGGAUGCCCUGUUGAGAUGUACGAAUACGCCGGCUGCUCCCCCGCAUCUGACCGCCAGUGCGCCUACAACUGCUCUUCCUGCGUUUCCUCCGACUGCUCCUCCCACUGCUCCGACGGGGAGAACUAUUCCAACAAGCUCUGGCCCCUCCAGUUGCCGGUCAUUCUCGCCGGAGUCGCUUUUGCAGUGUUUUUGGUCAGCAUAGUUUCCCUCACCUCCGUCAUGUACGUCCGUUACCGGCUACGGAGCUGCACUUGUUCCGGCAAGCAGUCCACCGUCAAGAAAAGAAAUUGCACAUUCCAGAAGGAGAGGGGGAAAGUUCUCCCGGAGGAUCUAAAGAUCAGGAGGGCCCAGAUGUUCAGCUACGAGGAGCUGGAGAGAGCGACAGGCGGUUUCCGGGAGGAGUCCCAAGUCGGAAAGGGGAGUUUCUCGUGUGUCUUCAAAGGGGUUUUGGGCGACGGGACGGUGGUUGCCGUCAAGAGGGCGGUCGUGUCCCCGGACAUGAAGAAGAACUCGAAAGAAUUUCACACGGAGCUCGACUUGUUGUCGAGGCUGAACCACGCGCAUCUCCUCAAUCUCCUCGGGUAUUGCGAGGAAGGCGGUGAGAGGCUUUUGGUGUAUGAAUAUAUGGCCAACGGCUCCUUGCACCAGCACCUCCACUGCAAGAGCAGGGCGGAGAAGGAGCAGAUGGAUUGGGUGCGGCGGGUCACGAUAGCGGUCCAAGCUGCCCGUGGGAUCGAGUACCUCCACGGGUACGCCUGCCCGCCCGUGAUCCACCGCGACAUCAAGUCGUCCAACAUUCUUAUAGAUGAAGAGCACAAUGCGAGGGUGGCAGACUUCGGGCUCUCCUUGUUGGGGCCCGCGAGCAGUAGCUCCCCGUUGGCCGAGCUGCCUGCGGGAACCCUGGGGUACCUUGACCCCGAGUACUACAGGCUCCACUACCUCACCACCAAGUCCGACGUCUACAGCUUUGGAGUUCUGCUUCUCGAGAUCUUGAGCGGGAGGAAGGCGAUCGACAUGCAGUACGAGGAGGGGAACAUCGUCGAGUGGGCGGUCCCGCUGAUAAAGUCGGGGGACGUGGAGGCCGUCCUCGACCCCGUCCUGAAACUCCCGCCCAACGUCGAAGCCCUGAGGAGGAUCGCGAACGUGGCGAGCAAAUGCGUGCGGAUGAGGGGGAAGGAGAGGCCGUCGAUGGACAGAGUGACGACGUCCCUGGAGCGGGCGCUCGCUCUCCUGAUGGGCAGCCCGAGCAGCGGGCAGCCCAUCCUGCCCACCGAGGUGGUGCUCGGGAGCAGCAGGAUGCACAAGAAGGCCUCGCAGAGGUCUUCCCAGCGGUCGGAGACGGACGGGGGAGAGCCCGCGGAGGACCCGAUGAGGUCGGAAUUCCGGGCGCCCUCGUGGAUCACUUUCCCGUCUGUGGCGUCUUCGCAGCGGAGGAAGUCGUCAAUCUCCGACGGAGACGUCGAGGGGAAGAAUAACGGCGGCGGUGCCGGAGGGGGCGAGGGUAACUUGGUGAGCUUGGAAGAAGAGAUCGGCCCAGCCUCCCCUCAAGAAAACUUGUUCCUGCAGCACAACUUCUAGUAUAGUAUAGUAGGAGCAGUAAUAAUAAUAAAAAUAAGACGUGUUUCAUUUUGCAUGAAUUUUGUUGGCCAAAAUGCAACUUUGGAUCAUUUUAUUUAGAAGAGUUGUACUUAUUAUAUUAGAGAUAUAUAUUCUUUCCUCUUAAUGUCAUUUAAAUUGGACAGAACUAAGUGUUCAAAUUGGUCAAAUUAUUUUGGUUCAAACAAAACACCAAAAUAUCAAUCAAAUUAAGGUGAAUCAAAUUAAGGUGAAAGG